AGUCCCUGGCCUUGAUCCGCGGAUAAUAUAUUCCCGCCAUGUCGCGAAGUAAGAUAUGGAGGUAUUACGACAAAUUGGAUCGGAAUUCUGCUCGAUGUCAGCUCUGCGAAAAGGUCAUCAAGACCUGCGGAAACACCUCAAAUUUAAUGAAGCACAUGAAAACCCAUCCGCAAGUUGAUUUAUAUGAUGACGAAACUGUGGUAAUUCGAGGUAUUUACAAACGAAGGGACCCGGAUGACUUUAAACGGCGGAUGCGAAAAGCGCUGCCUUUUAAGGAGGAUAGCUCCGACUUUCAUAGCGAGUUGGUUUCGAAAGCGUCUAAAGAAGCAGCUAGUUUCAUCGAGCUGGAUUCUAAUGGACUGACAAAGGUUUCCUCAGAAGGUCCAGUUGCCGUACAAAGCGUUGGAUAUGCGUGGUUCAGCCAAGAAGAAACCGUUUCGGGAGAAACCGUCAGCGCCGAGGAUAUCAUCGAGUUUGAGCCAAAGGAGGAGCCCGAGGACCUAGCAGGAAAUUCGCUUCACGAAACCCAGAAAGUAUCAGUACAGGAAGUCGAUUUUGAGCCCAAGGAAGAACCCGGGGAGCUAGUAGGCAAAUUCAUUCUGGAGGCUCAGAACGCAACACCUCAAGAAGUCGUUAACAUUAAUAUGGUCGUUCCUGUGGCAAGACAGCGUUCGCUUCAUCAAGACGUGGCCAUUUUCAUCUGCCGUGACCGUCAACCGUUGGAAAUUCUUGAAGGCGAAGGAUUCAAGCACCUGUUUAAAGUAUUGAACCCCAACUACAAGCUACCCAGCGUAGCAGAGCUAAAGGCAAUCAUCAGCAGGGAGGCACAAUUGCAGAGAUCCAAACUUCGUAAGCAGUUGGCUGGCAUCUCCACCCUUAGUCUCAGUUGCUCGAUGCACACGAGGAGCGAAGGUCAAAGCUGGCUGGAGUUGGUGGCCCACUUUUAUGAUGGACGGCAGCGAAUCUUUCGAACGCUUUCUGUGCAGAACCUUUCCAAUCCCUUGACAUCCAUCCAUAUAAAUGAUUGCAUGGUGCGUGUGUGCCAGUUAUUCGACAUCAACAAGUCAAAGAUUUCGUGCAUUACGACCAGUAGCAAUCGCAUGCUGGAGGAUGCGGUAACCUUGUUUUUAGGCGAACAGCAUCAUGUGCUUUGUUUUGCCGAUCACCUCAGUUCCCUCCUUGAGGCUGUGGUACAGCGUUCUGAAAUUCAUAUCAUGUGCGAAAAAGUGCGUCCAUAUGUGGAGGCUCAUCUGGAUUCGGAAGAUAAAAGUUCGCACAGCAAACUUAAGUUGGAUGGCAUUAAGAGCUUUAUAACCACCUACGAAAUGCUAGAGCCGUACCUGAAACACACUUCUACUUCUUUGGAUGAUCCACUCCCGCUUUCACAAGAGGAAGUCGAAUUAAGCCUGCAGUUACUAGACGUGCUGAGACCUCUAACAAGCUCCAUACGUGAGCUAAGUCGGACACCCUACCCUUUGGCCAGUAAUGCCCUGCCCAUCGCCCACACUCUGAUUAACGAACUGAAGCAGGAGAGGAAAAUGGAACAACAAGUGACUCAGGAGUUGCGAUUGUUUAUGAUGCGUCAGAUGGAGGAACACAUUGCGGGCAUGGAAAGGAACUUUAACCUGGCCAUGGCCACUUUGCUGGACCCGCGGUUCCGGAAUAUUCCUUUUCAAAGCGGUGUCCUUGUUGCGAAAUACAUGACGCAGUUGUAUGACAUGAUGCAGGCCUAUACAGAAAGCGAACGGUUAGUUACAGUUGAACAUCCUGUGAACAAUGAUUGCUUUGACAUCUGGGCGGCGUACAAAGCCUUUUCAAAUGGGAAACAGCGGCUCUUAAACGAAAACAACGGUCUAGAUACUGAAGACGAAAUAGCCUCCUACUUCUGCAGCGGCAUUAGUUCCUUGCAGGCAGAUCCCUUUCAGCUCUGGCAGGAUCUCUCUGCACCUCAUCCCUUCCUGCACACCGCAGCCCAAAAGUACCUACAUAUUCCAGCGACCGCAAUGUCUCCAUCGAGACUUUUUACGGACGAUGGAGCGUUGGUGACGGAAAAGUAUGCCGUACUCCUUGACAGAAACAUGGAAGACGUCCUUUUCAUGGCGGAUGUGCCACAAGAUGAGUGGCAACUUUAACAUUGAGCUUAGUCAACUGAUACCACAUUUUUAGUUUCGCUUUUGACACACUUAUAAAUAGUAAUUUAUGUUUUGUAAUACCUUUUUGAAGUAGGGUUUAUAAGUUCCAAGUUCUUUAAUUUACGCGUCAAAUAACCAACGGGUUUUUUUCAACAUAAAGAUAAACUAUAUUUUAAACAAAAUAUUGUAAGUGGGAAACUAUUGAAUUUAUUGAAGUGUUAAUAUUGUUAUCACUAAAUACCGUUGUCAGUU